AUGAAAAAUUAUACACCAGCUUCGCUUGGAACUUCGCAAACCCUGAGCUGGAAAGCUGAGAAAGUGUGCCCGAGUGCUCGACGGGAGACAUGGGCUCUGGUUCUCGUCAUGAGGGAAUCACUCUGUACAAAUGUUUGGACACGAUUACAUCUCGAUUUUGAAAUGACCUACGCAGCAUCACCGGAGACCUGGAACAGCCCUUAUCGUAGAUCUGAUUUCAUCGACUUUGGUGUGGCUGCUUACAAGAAGCUGGCCACCUGGCAUAUCACUCCGUCACUGAUACCAAAGUCUUCGACACACACACACGACGAAGAGAAACCGGGUUAA